AUGGCGGAAGAGGGUAAGAUCACGGUGGCGGUCAAGUGGCAGGGGAAGCAGUUCUCAAUCUCCGUACCAGAGGAUGCGGACGUGGCCUGCCUGAAGCGGUGCAUCGAGGCCGAGACGAACGUCCAGCCCAAACGCCAGAAGCUCCUAAACGUCAAAUCGGGCCCGAAGCCCGCGGACGACGACGUGCUGCUGUCCUCCGUCAAGCUGCCAAAGGUUGUCAUGAUGAUGGGUAGCACCGAGCAGUCGAUCAACACGGUGGCGCAGGCCGCUGAGGCGGCGCCGGAGGUGCUCGACGACUUCGACGUGGGGGUGAACGAGGAGAUCGACUGCAGGGAUCGGGAGGAGAACAAGGAGAAGCUGCGGAGGAGGAUCGAGUCGUACCAUGUUGACGGUCUGAACCCGCCAAGGGAAGGCAAGAAACUGUUGGUGUUGGACAUAGACUACACGCUAUUCGAUCACAGGAGCACAGCGGAGGUGCCCGAGGAGCUGAUGCGGCCGUACCUUCACGAGUUCCUGACCCAGGCGUAUCAGGAGUACGACAUCGUCAUUUGGUCGGCGACCGGGAUGAAGUGGAUCGAGGUGAAGAUGCGCGAGCUCGGGGUGCUGGGCUCACCGAACUUCAAGAUCAUGCAGCUCGUGGACCACGGCGCGAUGAUUACGGUGCAGACGGAGAAAUACGGGAUGUUCGACUGCAAGCCCCUCGGCUGGCUCUGGGCCAAGUAUCCUCAGUACACGGAGAGAAACACCAUCAUGUUCGAUGACCUCAAACGGAACUUUGUCAUGAACCCACAGAACGGGUUAAGGAUUCGUCCGUUCAAGAAGGCGCACCUGAACAGGGGCACGGAUAGGGAGCUUGUGGGUCUCACCAAAUACCUCCUCGCCAUCGCGAAGCUGGAGGAUGCCCAAUUCAUGGAGCUGAAACACUCCAAGUGGGAAAAGUACAUCGGGGAGGACUAUGGAAAACCUAAUGCCAAGGAAUAA